AGCUCCAGCCCUCCCCGAGCGCAGGGGGAGCCCUCAGCUGCGGGGAGAGCGGCGCUAAGGGCGGAGAAGAGGCGAGGCUGAUUGCUGCAGGGCUGCACCUGCGGGCGGCAGGAUGAGUCUGCCCAUGCCCUCUGCCUGUGGAGCGCUGGGAGAGGAGAGGGUUCCGUGCGCCCGCGGCGUGGUGUGCGCGCUCCGCGCCCGAGCCGGCAGCUGAGCCGCAGCGCGGCGGCAGCAGGGUGUCACCUCCCGGCUCCAUCGAGCUGCGGAGUUGACAUCAGCAGCCCUCAGCUGCUCCGGCGGCAGGGAUGUUGCUGCCUGUAUGUCAUUUUCUUCUCCUGCAAGGGUACCUGAGAGGAUGACUCCAUUCUCACAACUGCUUUCCAGAGGGCUAAGAAAACUGGGGAAAGCAUGAAAGGUAGUCCCAAAGAGCAGGUUUUCUACCCCUUUUUCAUGAGGUAGUUUGAAAUAAACAGGCCCAGCUAUUUUGUGGCUCCAAACCACAAUUAUGCCAUGAAGCUGAUUCUACAGCUGCUUGUGAGUGCAGUCUGAAGACCUGCAGCGUGCCAACGAGGUGUCCCCAAGACAAUGACUGCCUUUCUUCAGGAACAAGCAGAGAAGAAACUUUUCUCUCUUGUGUAGUUUGAAGGCAAAGCAAUACAAGCUUGACACCUGGCUAACUUACAGAAGCACCCUUCAAAAUAGCUCUUGACUGCCUGAUCCUGUAUUUCUGCCAGGAACGUGCCUUUGGGACUGCCCAAAUAAAACCUUAGGAGAACCGGUUGGAGCAAACAGCAGCUGAAGCACCAUGACAAAGCACUUGGAGGUCAUCAAUUUGUCGUUCUUGUUGGACCAUGAAAGGGAAAUGAUAUUGGGAGUGUUGAAGAGAGAUGAGUAUCUGAAAAAAGUGGAAGAUAAAAGGAUAAGGAAAUUGAAAAACGAGCUUCUGGAAGUGAGAAGGAGAGGGGGAAGCCGUCAUUGUCAGCAGGACAACAGCAGGGUCUGUGUGCGCUGCCAGAAAAGCCUGGGCUUCAUCUUCGACAGAGGAGAGCUGUGCCAAACCUGCAGGCUGCGAGUGUGCAGCAGGUGUCGUGAGGUGGGAGCUGAUGGGCAGUGGAAGUGCUCAGUGUGUGCCAAGAUUGCCCAGCUGCGGAUAGUGACAGGAGAAUGGUUUUUUGAAGAGAGAGCAAAGCGUUUCAAGCAAUCAAAUCUUCUAGGAACCGACGUUGUCAGACAAUCUAUCCUACACAAAUUCACAGAAGAUACAGUUCCCAGUCUGGAUGAUGGAAGAGCAUUUAAUGAUCAACCCCAAGAAAAUGAAGAAAAAAGGCCAGAUGUAUCAGUCUCCUCCACAAAUGGGCUUAAAUCAGUCUUCAGUGGACCUAAAAAGAUAGGGAAAGUAUUUAGGGCAAUUACCAAAGGAGAAAUUAUAAAUGGUAAAGAUGAAGGUGAAAGGAGCACAGGCUCAGAAGCUGAAAUCCAAAGUCUGCGCAGUGGCAAGUUAACGCUGCCUUCUGAGAGAGGGAGCACUCUUUCACUGAACAGUGGGGACACAGAGGCCACUGCAAGCCAUCUGAAAGGGGCUCUGGGUCCUGUGAGCAGGGGCAACAUUUCCAUACCUUCCUUCCAGAGGUCUCCAGCGCUCAGCACACGCAGCAUGACUGUGGAUUAUAGCAGGGACACUGGCUUAAAAAAUGGCAUGAUUAUUCCAGCAAGUGAAAGUGUACCUGAAGCUUUAGUAAAGAAGCACUGUAGGAAAGCCUCUGGAACACCUUCCAUUGCAGUUUCUAGAGUAUCUUUGUCAUCAGAUCGUAGCCGAUCCGAGAUAGAUUUGAGUGAAUCUUUCUCUGAAGGAAAUGAGGAUACUCUGAGCAUAAGAAGCAGAUCUGUACCUAGUGCCUUAGAUCAGGAUCUGGAUUAUCUGGGUGAAACAGAAGAAGAUAUUGAGGAUGUAGUGGCCUCUCGUUAUGCCAGUAAACAUGGAUGUUUGACAAGUGGAUUAUCAACAAACUCCCCAGAAGGCUCUGACAGAAAAUGGACAUAUCUCAAUGUGCCUGAAACAGAUGGUGAUACUACCAGCAUUAACAGCAUGCUGAGUGUAUAUAGUGAGACUGGUGACUAUGGCAACGUGAAGGUCAGCGGCGAAAUCCUUCUCAAUAUCAAUUACAGCUACAAAACAGGUGCCCUCAGCAUCCUGGUGAGAAGCUGCAGAAACCUGGCUGUUGCAGAUGAGAAGAAGCAAAGGACUGAUCCAUAUGUCAAAGCAUACCUUCUGCCGGACAAGUCUCGCCAAAGCAAGCGCAAGACCAAAAUCAAAAGUAACAGCACCAAUCCAGAAUUUAAUGAAACACUCAAGUAUGUCAUCAGUCACACUCAGCUAGAAACCAGGACCCUCCAGCUUUCUGUCUGGCACUAUGACAGAUUUGGACACAACAGCUUCCUUGGGGAGGUGGAAAUUCCACUGGACUCCUGGAACUUCGAAAACCAGGGCGAUGAGUGGUUUGUGCUGCAGCCCAAGGUGGAGGUUGCAACAGACAUUGGGCUUCAAUAUAAAGGGGAACUCACAGUUGUUUUACGUUACAUCCCUGCAGAAAGAAACCUAAUGCUUCCUCUAGGGCAGUUUCAAGGGAAGAAGAGCUUUAAAAAAGGAAGAAAAGGAGACUCUCAUAUGCCAUCUGGAGGGAUCUUAGAAGUCCUCAUCAAAGAAGCAAAGAAUUUAACAGCAGUGAAAUCAGGAGGCACGUCUGACACUUUUGUGAAAGGAUACCUACUCCCAGACAACAGCAAAGCCACCAAACACAAGACUCCCAUAAUAAGGAAGAGUGUGAACCCUCAAUGGAAUCACACCUUUGCUUUCAGUGGCUUGACUUCAAGGGACAUACACAAUGUCUGCCUAGAACUGACUGUGUGGGACAAGGAAUCUCUCUCCAGUAAUAUUUUCCUGGGAGGUGUCCGCCUGAGCACGGGAAAUGGUGUAAGUAAUGGCAAGGAGGUGGAUUGGAUGGACUCUCAAGGGGAAGAGCAGAAUGUCUGGCAGAAGAUGAUUGACAAUCCGGGAGCUCCUGUGGAGGGGAUAUUAAUGCUGAGAUCCAGCAUGGGAAAACGCAGACUCUGAAAGACUUUUAACUGCUGAGGGGUGCCACAAGUACUCCUGGCUUUAGUGCUAUUCAGCCUCUUGUCAUUUUGCCUAUUUGGAAGUGGAGAAGGGUUGUGCUCUUUGCCUUGGACAGUAAGGCUCCAAGUGAGAUCUUAAUGCAUUCUGCACUUUCAUGCAUACAUUUUUAACCCAGGUUGUGUUGUAUGGGUUACAUUUCUCCUGAAGUCACUGAGAAUUUGCCCUUAUAGAGAGAUCAGACUGGCUUUCUCUGUCCCUUCUGGUGACUGCUGCACAGCUUAUGAAAACCUCUGCCUGGAGGCAGGGGACCAUGAACUGACUGAAUUCUCUAGUUAGUCAUUUAGCAAGUAAUGCCUGGUUCACGUAUCUCCUUCUGGGUCAAAGGUGCCCUAGAAGAUGUCAGUGAACGAGUACAAAGAGAUUCAGAGUGAGUCCAUGCUUUGAUAUGUGAAAGAAAAGAAGCCAUAAUGUUAUGAAGGAUAACAAACAGCAUUUUUUUUCAUCCUGUUUUCUGAUUGGGCUGUGCAGUGUGGGAGUUGGCAGGCUUGGUCCAGGAUGGAGCAAGCAGCCCACCAAGGAAGGCUGUUAAAUUGUGUUGCCUGCUAGAAAUAGGCAUCAGGUGAGCUUGUGUAGAGCGCUGGUGCUCUGGCAUUCCCUUGGUGAUUUCAGUGCACUGUAUAAAAGGCAGACUUGGUUCAACACAAUCUAAGAGGCUCUAGUGAAAAUAAAUCUUAACAAGUCCCCAAACAGUUCCCAAAGCUACCUGGUAUUACUGCUUGUUUCAUUUAGUUGACAGCUCCAGCCAAGAUCUUCUGAUGUCACUGGACAGAGUAAUCUUUUUCUUAUCAUUGUCAUUCUUUAAGUAUUAGGGUUUUUAAUUUGUCUUUGUGUGUGUGUCAGCAUUCCCCACAGUGAAAUCAAACCUAACUUUUGGCACAUAAACUACCUCUUUCUCUCCAGCAGAACUGGUCUCAGCUGUCUUGGCUGUCUGUACUGCAAGCCUGAUGAAUUUAUUUUCUAGAAUAACAAUGUUAUAUUGACAUGGAGGCAGAAGGUUAAUUUUUUUACUUUCUAGAAGCUGAUUCAAAAAGAUGCUAAAGAAAAUGGUUCCUUGGAGUUAAGUUCUAGCUACAGUUGUGGAGGAGCUCUGGGCAUUCAAAUGGUUUGAUUUGGUUUCAUUUUGUUGGUGAAAAGGAGGGAAAAUAACAACAUCACCAACCUCACAAACAAACAAAAAUAAUCUUCCAAGCUGGACUCCAAAUGGACAUUUUUCUCCUCUUGCCAAAUUGAAAACCUUAAAAUAACUUUGAGCUGAACUAAACUUUUUUACAAGGAGUACAAGAGUUUGGCUAAUCUUUGAAUGGCAUUUUCUGCCUUCCUAAGCAUGAACAUUUUAGCUAAAACAGGUCUUAAAAGGAAAAAAAAUUCUGUGCUUUAUUACUAGAGCUUCUGCCCAUUUUGGUGCUGUGGUAGGUUUUAUGGUGAGUGGACUCAUCCAGCAGGCAUCACAGAGAUUUUAAUUUUGGCCUUUUCCUUCCAAAGGGCCAAAAUUUGCAACCUGAGCCUGCACUUGAAAUUAUAGACCAGGCUUUGAACAGACUGUAGGUGUCAAAUGUAGUUCAGCAGAUGAAAGGAACAAUUUCACCUGGGAAGUAAUUUUGGCCAAGGUGAUGGUGUUUGCCGUUGCUGGGCUUUGGACUAGUACAGUGAAAUUACCUCUUAAUUUAUCAGUGACAGCUCUGUGCCGUGGCAGCACAUAAUAGAUAUUACAGCCUGCCUCUUUUGAGUUUCAUAGAGAUGAUGAGCAUCAUAUAAACACCCAAGCAAUUCAGAGAGCUCUGCUGUUCCAUGAUGUUAUCAGCACAUUUGGAGGAAGCGUUUGAUUUGUGGGAAAUGUCACAUUUAAUUAUAUCUUUGUUCUCUUCCUUUACCAAAAUGGAAAAAAAAGAGAUUUAGUGCUUGGAAAAAGCAGAAGAUGAUUAACUGCAGAUGUGAUUUCUCACAUCGAAUUAAUUGCCUAUAAUUGUGCAUCAUCAUGUACUGUGUGUUACCAGGCUGAGCAUAAAGAUGGAAAAGCCAGGCAUCAGGCUAAAGCCUUCUCUUGGUAUGGGUGUUUAUGAUACUGGAAGUGCAUAAAUGGCUUAUUCAAGGCUAAUUUUUAGGAGCAAACAGCCACAGUUUUAAUACUGGUUUAGAAACUGCUGCCCUGAGUUAAGUAGAAACAGCAGAGCUGAUGUUUCUAAAGUGUUUUUCCACACAGACCCGAAUAAGUGAAGAUUCAUCAGUGGAGAAGAAGACUUCUCUACAGUGAUUUUUGAAAGUAGGUUGCACAGUGCAUUUUACACUAAUACCUUUUUCUACUGCAGCAACUAGAGGGCUUUCAUCACUGUUUAUUCCCCCCUUGUGAUUAGAUCUGGGGAUCUGAACUGUUAAAAAAGAAAUGAACUUCCACUGUAAAACAUCAAGUGGGGCCAGUAAAAGACAUCUUUAGACAGUGUGGUUGUUACCAGUAUCCAUCCAAAAGAGCUGAUGUUGAGGGAUCUCCAAGCCCUGCCAUCAGACUUUGGUAUCCAGCCCCCUUCUCUGAAAGUUUCCCUGAUCAGUUUAUCAGCUAUACAGUAACUUCAGGCUUUUAAAUGUUGAUGCUCUUGCUUAGAUGCCAGAACCAGGCUAAAAUAGAUUUAAAUUGACCUCUCCAUCUUCUCCACCUCCAUCAUCUUACAUUUGAGCAAAGGCAGAUGGGAAAUUGCAAAGAAUCUGAGAGGCAACCUUGCCAUCUUCCUGUGCUAAUCCAAAAGCUGUUGCCUUCCCUGAAUGCCUUCUAUUUUGACCUGUCCCAGCUGCAUGCUUUAGCAGAUGGCUGAAGGGAGACGGCACUGGGAUGGUGAGUAUGCUUUGAUUGUGGUGCACCUGGCUGGAAGCUUAAUCUUCUGUGUCCCUUCCAAUGCACAUUAUGUUAAGGUAGCACAAAAUGUGCUAGAUAUACUUUUAUAUAUUAAGGUGUUCUUUCUUGCCUGGUUAGGCCCUGCAAAGUGCAAUUAUUCCAAUUAGUAUUCUGCAAAAUGCCAGUUAAACUGUAACAGCAGAGCAGCCAUUGAGCAUCCUCUGGUGCUAACUGAUGAGAGGUAACCAGAGGAUUGCAUUUAGGCUGGCAUCAUUUUGGCUUCUUGAGGGAUAUAUGCACUCCUCACCUUCAGAUAUGGAAAAUGUGCAGUUUACUCUGUAGAGUCAAUGAAGAGAAAAGCUGCUUGGAUCUCCUACACCUUUGGUGAAGUGCUCAGAGUCCUGUUUCCAGAGCUGUGUAGUUCAAAGAUUUACAGAUUCACAGAUUGCAUUGGGUUGGAAGGGAUUCUCAAAGGCCAUCUCAUCCAACACCUCUGCAGUCGUCAGGGACACCUCCAACUAGAUCAGGCUGCCCAGGGCCACACUGAAUAUUUGCAAGGGUCUCUCUGUCUUUCAUUCCUCCCUUUGGUUCAGCAACCCUCACCAGUAUGUUGUACUUGAAAUCAAUCUCCAGUAUCUGGAAGGAGGCAGCAGUGAAGUGAUAGCCUGGUUUGGUUUCAUCCAUACCAGGUAAAAACCUGAAACUGCACUUCCCUAAGACACAGUAUUGAUUUUAAGCACUUUGCAACAAGGACAGAAACCAUGAGCUCCUGAGAGCUGAUCCAUGCACUUUGUAAGCUUUUGGGGCUUUACAACAUUAUUUAUUUAUUUAUUAGGACAGACAGCAAUGUUAACUCUAGAGAAAUGGUGAUAGAACAUCUGAUGAUUUCCACAAUAGGAUGCAGCCUUUCAUUGGCAGUGAUGCCUUGUACCAUAACUCAGCAAGAGAGGCUGGGAAGCAGGCUAGCAGAACCUUUACCACUCUGUCACACAGACUUUCUGCCUGGUGAUUUCAUGUUUGCAAAUGCUGUUUGAGAAGUGGUAAAUGCUGCACUGUUAAUUAUACUGUGUAUACUGACACUGACACUGCAAGGGCAAUCUCAACUUGACUUUUUUUUUUUAGGUGCUUCUCAGGUUGCUUUUCAAACCCAGCCUUGCUGCUGCAUCUUGGCUUUUUACUUAGGUUAGAUAUCUAUUUUCAAGUUCUACUUGGUGGCAAUAACAUCUGUAUGGCUGUGUGCUGCUGCUCCAGACAGCUCCCUGUAUAUUUUUAAGGGUGGCUCUAAUUGCUGAGGGUUGUCUAAAGCCAAGCACAGCCCAUUUGUUGCAGCAGUUAGACGAUGUGAUGUAUGCCUCGUUCUCCUCUGCCUGCUUAAAAUCUGUUGCUAACUAUCUGCUUAAUUAUUCUGCUGGAUAUGAACAGUAGUAGCAGUAAAUGGCAUUGCACUGUGUUAAGUCCUGCCCAAAUUUAGAUGCAACAAAACGCUGCCUGCCCAGAAACUUUGUACUGUGCACUGUUUUGUGGACAAAGGUGGCUGAUAACACAUUUGCACCUGUUUGUCAAGAUUACUGUGCUAUCUUUUAAAUUAAAAUGCCUAAACCUU